GUCUGCGGUAUAAUCGAAAGCGCUGCGGACGUGGCCUUAGCAUAGCUCUUGAUAUCUCUCGUCGUAAAUAAAACAACGAUUAUGGGCACUCGAAAGUGUUAAUCGAAAUACGUGAAUAAAUUCAAAAAUAAAAUAAAAGUGCUUUAUGCAUAAAUCGCUAGCUAAAAGUGCCAUAUUACAUAAGCUUUCUCAUUCGCUGGCGAGAAAAAUAUUUUAAAUAAAAUGUGGUUGAAAGUGUUUAGCAUAGCCGUGUUGGCGCUUUUUACGGGCACGUGUGCAUCGAAUAUGGAUAAAUAUGAAGGCUACAACAAAUACACAGUCUUCCAUGAUGGUGAGGAUGCGUUCAACUAUAUGGUGGAAUUACAAACGGAGUCCACAGAACUCGAUUUUUGGCUGCUGACACGUAAUAUGUCCAUAGUGACAGUCUCACCCAAAGAGCAAAAUGCCUUUGAAAGCCGUCUAACCGAGCUGAAUGCGCAAUAUGUGGCUAAGCCGCUGAUGGAGGAGAUGUCUGCCUACAACGAAACACUCCCGACUUGCGAUGGUGCCGAAUGCACGUUGAAGCGAACACGACGACAGGCGCGCGGUUUCUUUUCGCACUUUCCGCGUUACUCAGAGAUUCUAAAUUACAUGAGCGCGCUGGCUGCACGCCAUCCACAGAAUUGCCGUUACGAAUCAUUGGGUCGCUCAUACGAAGGUCGCCAUCUCGCUGCGCUCUCUAUCUCGCUGAACAGUCGUGGUCGUGAUCGUCGCGUGGCUUACAUACAAGCAGCCACACAUGGACGCGAGUGGAUUACACCACUAACUGUACUUUACUUGGCUAACGAGCUGCUGAACAAUUUGCGCGCCUUCCAAAGGGUUUUGCAAGAUGUGGAAAUUUACUUGGUACCCUUGGUUAAUCCAGAUGGUUACGAGUACUCGUUCACGAGUGAUCGCUUUUGGCGCAAAAAUCGUCAUCGCUAUGCUAGCCGUUCGUGCUUUGGUGUGGACAUUAAUCGUAACUUCCCCAACAAUUGGAAUUAUCAUGGCGCCAGUCAAAAUCUCUGCUCUGAGGUCUACUCCGGCACUGGUCCGAAUUCUGAGCCGGAAACAGCGGCUGUCGCACGUUACUUGGAGUACAACCGUCAUCGUGUGAAACUCAGUCUGGAUGUGCACUCUUUUGGAAAAUACUUGUUCUAUCCUUACGGUUAUUCGAGAAAUGCUGUCGCACCCACACGCAAUCUCUUGCAUUCGGUUGCUCAACGCGCAGCCAAUCAAAUCGCGAAAUAUCGCGGCACGCAUUACACCAUCGGCACCUCGGCUGGCUUACUGUAUGAGGCUUCUGGCGGUUUGGACGAUUAUGCUUACGGCAAUUUGGGCAUCCCCAUGUCCUUCACGGUCGAAUUGCCUGGUGAGAAUUUCCAAGUGGCGCCAUCUGAUAUUAUUCACGUUUGCAAGGAGACAUUUGCUGGUUUCAUCGAAUUCAUUCGGCACGUUAGUUUGUAUUAGCGCAGAGACGGGGGAGGGUCUGCUUGAACUGUUCUAGCGUUGAAUGUUAAUUACUUAAGUAAAGCAAUUUUUUUUUUGUGUGUGUUAAUUAGUAUAUUUAAGUAGCAAUUGUGUGUACAAUUUAAUUUAAAUAAUAAAAAUGAGA